GCGGCCCUAGCUGGUUUCGUCUUGAGUUAUUGGGGUGUGCGGUGCUUUGGCUCCGCGGGCGGAGUGAGGCUGCUUCUGCGGAGCUGGAGAGGCAUACUGGGGUUUAAACUCUUGCGGAAGGAUGGACAUUCUUAAGUCAGAGAUUCUUCGCAAGCGGAAGCUGGUGGAAGACAGGAACCUGCUGGUGGAAAAUAAAAAAUAUUUCAAGCGAAGUGAACUUGCAAAAAAAGAAGAGGAAGCAUAUUUUGAAAGAUGUGGUUAUAAGCCUAUAAAUGCGAAGCCGUCUGGAGAGAUACAGCCAAAAGAGGAGGACCAGAAACCACUAACUUCAUCAAAUCCAGUACUAGAACUUGAACUAGCAGAAGAGAAACUACCCCUGACUCUUUCUAGGCAAGAGGUUAUUAGAAGAUUGCGAGAAAGAGGAGAACCAAUUAGAUUAUUUGGAGAAACUGAUUAUGAUGCUUUCCAACGUUUACGAAAAAUAGAAAUUCUUACACCAGAAGUUAACAAGGGCUUGAGAAAUGAUCUCAAAGCAGCUUUGGAUAAAAUUGACCAGCAAUACCUGAAUGAAAUUGUGGGUGGUCAGGAACCUGGAGAGGAGGACACACAGAAUGACUUGAAAGUUCAUGAAGAAAACACCACCAUUGAAGAGUUAGAGGCACUGGGAGAGUCUCUAGGGAAGGGUGACGAUCAUAAAGAUAUGGACAUCAUCACCAAAUUCCUGAAGUUUCUUCUUGGUGUUUGGGCUAAAGAAUUGAAUGCCAGAGAAGAUUAUGUGAAGCGCAGUGUACAGGGCAAACUGAACAGUGCUACUCAGAAGCAGACUGAGUCUUACCUCAGACCACUUUUCAGAAAGCUCCGGAAAAGGAAUCUUCCUGCUGAUAUUAAAGAAUCAAUAACAGAUAUUAUUAAAUUCAUGUUACAGAGAGAAUAUGUAAAGGCAAAUGAUGCUUACCUUCAGAUGGCCAUUGGAAAUGCUCCCUGGCCCAUUGGUGUCACUAUGGUCGGCAUUCAUGCCAGAACUGGCAGGGAAAAGAUUUUUUCUAAACAUGUUGCACAUGUUUUAAAUGAUGAAACUCAGCGGAAAUAUAUUCAGAUGGAGAUCCAGUUUUGCCAGCACCAUUUGUUGAAGAUGCUGUCUUUUCUCCAAUGUGUAUUGUUGGCACCUUUGUCAGGGACUGAAGAGGUUAAUGACAAUUUGCCAGAAACACUUCCCUACAGAUCCAUCAAAAUGUGUGGAGUAUAAUGCACUGUAAGGUCUGCACAGUGUAUAUACAACAAGAAACUCAAGGAACAGCAGUCAAGGAACAGUGUAUGGACUUCUGGCAGUACCAACAGGAAUGGAGAGAAGAAAACUCCACCUGGUGCAAUUCUUGAUUCGUUUUAAGAACUGUGUUAGCUUUCAUAUAGUAUCUGCCUAAAAACUGAUUUUUUUGUUUCUUGCUUUCAUUUUAAGCCAUUGAAAAAUUAAAGAUGUUAUCCACAAUUUAAAUAUGUAGACAACAACAGAAAAGGGUUUAAAAUGACCCUUUCCCAUGAGAUUCAAAUGUGUUAGAUAAUUAGAAACAUUUGAGGGUGAAUUUAAUCUUUCUGUAAAAUAUAGUGAUUUGCACAUUUUCUUUUAUGUGGUAUUUAUAGAAAAUAUUUUUUAUAUUUCAACAAAAGUAUAGGACCAUUGAAUGAAGCCUAUAGUUUUUAAAUGUUUCUGAUCUUUUGCCAUCUUGCAAUAAAAUGUGAAUAUGUUACUGUUAACUGUA